AUGGUGACCCUUUAUCACUGGGAUUUACCACAGAAGUUGCAAGAUCUGGGAGGAUGGGCAAAUCCCCAUAUAGUUGAUUGGUUUACCGAUUAUGCAAGAGUAGUUUUUGAGCUAUUUGGAGACAGGGUUAAGUAUUGGAUAACUAUCAAUGAACCUCGAGAGGUUUGUUAUCAAGGAUACGGAGGACAGUCUCUAGCGCCUCUUUACAAUAUUUCGGGAUAUGGUGAUUACAUGUGUGCUAAAAAUCUGCUAGUAGCACAUGCUAACGUCUACCAUUUGUAUAAUAAUGAAUUUCGUAAAGCCCAGGGUGGUCAGAUCGGUAUAACAAUAAGCGCACAAUGGUACGAACCUGAAUCAGAGAAAGACAUGGAGGCUGCUGAAGAUAGCAGACAGUUUGAGCGUGUACCCUGGGGAUUCUAUAAUUUACUUACAAAAAUACGAGAGGAUUAUAACAAUCCGCCAGUUUUCAUCACUGAGAAUGGAUUCUCAACCAGAGGUGGUCUAAUCGACGACGACCGAGUUAAGUAUUACAGAACAUACAUUGAUGCCAUGCUCGAUGCUAUUGAAGAUGGAUCAGAUAUAAGAGUUUAUGCAGCGUGGAGUUUGAUGGACAAUUUCGAAUGGAUGAAGGGAUACAGUGAACGUUUCGGUCUGUACGAGGUGGACUACGAGAGUCCUGAACGCACCCGCACUCCUCGCAAGUCUGCUUACGUGUACAAGGAGAUGCUGAGGACACGAACACUGGACUAUCAUUAUGAACCAGAUAUGAGCUCGGGAAUGAAUAUCGAUGAUAACUGA